AUGUCAAUUGUAAAUCUUGAAAAACUCAUAAAAGCAAUACAACUAUCUACCAAUAAAGAACUUAAGAGAUAUUAUACAUCCAAUCUUAUUGAACAGCUAGAAGAAUACUCGGGAUAUUAUUUAUUUAUUUUGGUGCAAAUAUAUGAAUUGAUUAUGUCAGAAAAAGACAUUGAUCGUAUGUGUGGAACUAGAAUACUUGAAAAUAUGAAUAUUAAGAUUGAGUUAUCUUCUAAAGAAAGUUUAAAUGAUAAUGAAUUAACAAAAAAUUUUGUUUAUCUUAAAUCAAAAGACUUUAAAGUUGAAAAUAGUAAAAAAGUUAAAACAAUUAUUGAUAAAGAGAUACAAAAAGAAUUUAAUUUAGAACACGUGGAUACUCGUAAGAUAUUAAAGGCUGUUGAAGGUACUGAUUCUACUAGAAAUAAGGAAUUAAACACUACAGAUAUAAACGAUAAAGAAAUAAAGACAAUACAGGAUUUUUUUGAUAAUCUUGUAACUAUGAUGUUGAGUCCAGAAUGGUUCAAGAGACAUGGGUCAUUUUUAGCACUAAGAAAAAUUAUUAACUGCGAUACUAACAAGUUUUAUGAAGUUGUUCAUUUAAAUGUUAAUAAAAUAAAACAACAUGCUUUAAUAAUACUUAAGCAUGAUAAGUUUGUUGAUUUUAAUGAUGAAGUUGCUAAAGCACCUGUUAGAGAAGAAGCAGCAGAAUUGAUUAAUUAUUUAGAGUUAAGUAACACUGAAGUUGAAUUUAUAAACAGUUGCAUUGUAUCAAAUGACUGGAAAGAACAAGUAAGUGGAAUGUUAACUAUUUUAAAAAGUAAAAAUCCAGAGAAAUUUAUUAGCAAAGAUAUAGAAAAUAGAAUUUUUAUGCUUAUCAAAAAUAAUUCUGAUGAUGAUGUCAAAAUAUUAGCAGCUAAAAUACUCUCAAAACACAAAUGUAAGUAUCUUAAAAACGAUGAGUUGGUAAACAUCUGUUUAGAACAACUAAUUUCUAUUGAUCAAUUUAGUAAGUUUGAUAGUCUAAGACAAACGAGUUUAAUUUUGUUGUUAAUGAACGUAUUAGAUUCUACUUUAAAAAUAGAAUUUUUUAAUGAUGAAAAUAAUAUUGACAGACUAAUUGAUUGUAUUUCAACUUCUUUAACCGGAUCAUCGUAUAUUAGAGAUAUUGGAUUGAAUUUUAUUAAAAUUCUACUUAAAGAGUAUCCACCUAUCGGUAAUCAACUUAUUUAUCUUGUUGGAGAGGCUGUUUUAUUUUAUGAUAACAAAUUAGCUUUAGAAAUUCUUGAUCAAAAUAGAAAUUUAUUAGAUGAAGAAUUUUUCAAACAUUUUUUUAACAUUUGUGCUACAAGUGUAUUUAAAUCAUAUGAUUCAAAUCAGUUUGUAUGUCAAGAAGAUGAAUUUUUUACAGAGGAGGGGUGUAAAGCAAUAGGUUAUUCAACAAUACUUAACUAUAGAACUAGGUUACUCUUUACAAUACCACUUUAUUCAAUUAGCUUAGUUGACUCUACCAAUAACUCAGUGUUAUUUGAUACAUUUGCUAAUUUGAUAAAUUAUAAACUAGGAAUAUUAACGGCAUCAAAAAUAUUUAUCAAUAAAGAUUUCAUUAAGAGUGAUUAUAGUAAGUAUUCUGAGUUAAACGUAAUACCAGUUAAGGAACUUGUUAACCUUAUUAACAAUCCUUUCUAUCGAAGUAUUGCACAUAAUUGUAAUGAAAAAUCCUUAGAGUAUAUUAGAUUGUGUGUCUCUAGAAAUUUAGAAAAUAAUUUUGAUUUUACUAAAUAUUUCCUUAUAGAGACUUCAAGUGAAUUGUUAAAAAUUAUUAUUCAAAUUAAGAAGGAAUUUAUUGUUAAAUUACAUGAUGUGAAUACUUGUAAAAUUAUUGCUAGUUCUACAGACAUGCUUAUUAAGCACUUUGACAUGGAUGUUAGUGAAAAUCUUGUAUUAUUCUUUGAGAUUUUAGGCGAUGUAUUUUUAAAAACAGAAAGGUUUAAAAAUUUACUUAUUGAUGAAAAUGGACUUAAGUUCUUUUACAAUACAAUACAUAUCUAUAAAGAUGUUGGAGAAAUUGAAGAAGUGUUUAAUAAGUGUCUUGAUAUGUUAUUUGUAGAAGUAAAUGAUGUUUACUUAACGAUUGUUAAGAAAAUGAUUGUUUGUUCUAAAAGAUAUAAUAUGCUUUUUGUUAAAAGAUCUUUGGAAUUAAUUGAUAGAAACAACAUGGUACCUGAAUGUUUUUCUUUGUUGAUUGAAAAAAUAGAUCCUUCACUUUAUAUCUUGUUUCUUAAACCAUUUUUAAAAUUUGGUAGAGAAUAUUUAAGUUUAAUUGUAGCUGGAUUGUCUUUGAAGUUAAACCAAGAAAUUUUAUCACUUGACACAGAGAUUUCUAACAAAAUUAUUAAGGCUAAAUACGAUGCAGAAAUGAUGUUUAAUCCUAAUUUUAUUCCAAACUUUCCAGUUUCCAAGUCAUGUAAUGUUAAAUUAAGAGAUUAUCAGAUUGAUGGUAUUAAAUGGAUUAACUUUUUAUUUAAUUUUGGUUUAAAUGGAAUACUUGCAGAUGACAUGGGAUUGGGAAAGACAAUUCAAAUAUUGUCUUAUUUAAUUACUAAAAUUGAAAAUAAAGAAAUAAGAACACAAACAUUAAUCAUUUGUCCUACAAUUUUAACUAAUCAUUGGAUUACUGAAAUAAUCACCCAUUUUAACUAUGAAGAUGUUGUUAUUUUCAGUAAAAAUUGUCGUAUGUCAGAUUACUCUAUUGUUAUUUGCACUUAUGAUAAUUUAAGAAAAUAUGAAGUUUUAUUAAAAACUAAAUAUUCAAUUGUAAUAUUUGAUGAAGGUCAUAUUAUGAGGAAUAGAAACACUGGUUUAUAUGCUAAGAUAAAAAUGCUCAAAUUUGAUCACUCUAUAAUACUUACAGGAACACCUGUACAUAACAAUGUUGAUGAUAUGUUUAGUUUAUUUGAUAUUAUUAUGCCUAAUUACUUAGGAACGAUUGAGGCUUUCAAUAAAACUUACGGUAUCAAAGUUAAUGAAAAGAAUAUUAAUUCGUUUAUGAAAAAUCAAAAUGUCAAUUUUAUUGAUUUGUUAGAAAAUAGAAUUAAACUUUUACAGAAAAAAAUAUUACCCUUUGUAAUGAGAAGAUUGAAGUCUGAAGUGCUUACUGAUUUACCACCAAAGAUAAUUAAAGAUGUUUAUAUACAACUACUACCUUCACAGGCUGAAGCAUAUCACAAUGUAUUGAUAAGUCAAGAAUUUAAGAUGAGUGAUAAAGAUUCUGAAGUGAAAGAUAAAGGAUACAAAGCUUUGCACAGUAAUCCUCUUACACAAACAAAAUCUUUGUUAAAAAUUGCAAGUCAUACUAAAUAUUUUGAUUCAAAUUUACAAAGUCCUAAAACCACCGCUUUAAUUGAGAUCUUAAAUAUAUUUGAUUCAUCUAAAGUUUUGGUGUUUUUCCAGUUGAAAUCUACUUUAAAAUUUGUAGUUGAUGAAAUAAUCAAAAGUAAGACUAAUAUAUCAUUUUUAACUUUAGAUGGAGAGGUAAAGGAUAGAUAUGGUAUUGUAGAUGAAUUUAAUAAGGGUAGUUGUAGGUGUUUAUUAAGCACAUGUAGUGUAGGUGGAUUAGGGUUGAAUCUAACAUCGGCAAAUGUUGUAGUUUUUUAUGAACAUGAUUGGAAUCCAUUUAAUGAUUUGCAAGCAAUGGACAGAGUACAUAGAUUAGGACAAAAAUUAACGGUUGAAGUAUUUCGAUUAAUUGCUAAAGACACAAUAGAGUGUAAAGUCAUGAAUUAUCAAAAUUUUAAAUUGCAUUUAGCAAGUAAUGUUGUUACUCAACAAAAUACAAAAGUAGAGGAUAUGGAAAUGCAUGAUUUGAUAGAAAGAUUUUAA